UAUUUGCUAACAUGGCGGCUGCAUGUGCUAAGAAGCUUUGCCAACUUCUGUUGCUGAUUGCACCGGCAUUUGGUCUCUAUGAAGAUCAAGUUGGAAAAUUUGAUUGGAAGCAGUCGUAUGUGGGGAAGCCAGUGUACAUGUUCUGGGACCAGUCAUCUAGUGGGAAGAAGCUCCUUGUUUCUACAGAGAAGAAUGUACUCGCCUCCAUACAUGCCAACAAUGGAAGCAUAGUGUGGCGACGUAUGUUUGAAGAGGACGAGAGAGGUCAAAUGGACACUGUGCUUCACCAGGGGAGCUCCCUAGUAACGGUGUCUGGAGGGGGCAAGAUGGUGCGGGGUUGGCACCCAUCUACUGGCUCUCUCUCAUGGGAGUCAGUGCUGAAGGCUGAACCAAACAUGAGGGCUUCUGGUGUUUUCACAGGACGUUCUAAAGCUGAGAAUGUAGUGGUGGCAACAGCCCAUGGUCUGUAUGCUCUGCGUGUUUCGGACGGUGUCAAGGACUGGGAACUGGAUCUCCCCAACAGUGAAACCGUAGACUACUGGUACAUGGCCAGUCGAGAUCACGACAUUAUCCUGGUGGGCGUGACCCCUAAAGCUAAGGUUACCAUAGUAACAGUGGGACAGGGAGGGAAGCUGAAAUCUCACCGAGCUGUUCCUUCUCUGUGGAUCACAGUCGAGACAAGCUGCACUAUAUCAGGAGAAGAGUACUUUGUGUGUUACCGACCAGAAACCCAGUCUCUCCAGACCCUACCUCUGACAGUCGGCCAGGCAUUCACCCCCCAUUCUCUACAGGAUCUGAAUCUUCAAGCCAGCAUCUUCACCCAAGUCCAAUCAAGUCCGGUCAACCCUAGUGCAGAUGACCCGAGGUCAGAGGUCAUUCUACGAGUGUCUAAAGACCACAUGGCAGUACUCACAGUUUCCAAGUCUGGAGUUAAAGUUGUGAAAGAUUUACCAAAGACGUCAUCAGCCCAGAUUACAUACCACGGAGACCGAGACUUCCUCCUUACUCUGCAUAGGUCAGGCCUGGAGUUGUCCCUGAGUGCGUACGACAUGAAAAGCUGGGGAGAGAUUGCCGACCUUGCCCAGACCAUGGCCUUCACCAACACUCAUGGACAUCCAAAUAUGUUACAUGGGCUGCUGUUUACCCGCAAGAAGGAUGGGAGAAUGUCCUGUAAAGUAGCCUUCACGUCGGAAGAUUACACCAUUCAUUUCAGAUCAGGGAAAACCACAUGGCGAAGAGAAGAAUCGCUGGCUUAUAUUCUCAGUGUGGAAAUGGUAGAUCUACCAUUGUCUGAGAACCAGGCCAAGUUUGAGGAUGAAUUUGGUUCCAUUGAAGAUGAUAUUGCUGCCAUGUUUGUGAAGCGGUUGCUGGCACAGCUGUCACAGAUACAGUCUUUUGCUGAAGGCCUGAUCAGCAAGCUUCAGGGCCACAGACAUCACUCCCCGAUGGUUGCCCAUGACAACGAGGACCUGGAGGAAGAGGAGGAUGACAUGGAGGAAGACCUGACCCGUGAUGAGUUUAACCUGAAGAAGAUCAUCAUCGCUGUAACAGCAUCAGGGAAGAUAUUUGGUUUGCGAAGUCACACAGGCAAGUUAGUGUGGCAGCAGUUCCUGCCAGAGUUGUCUCCCUUUGACCGCUACUCCAAACAGAGGCUGGUGUUGUACACACAGAGGACCACAGCACACUUCCCUCUGCUGCCCCAGUGUGUCGUGGUCGGCAAGAGUCGGAAAACUGGAAACGGCUUCCUUUAUGCCUUUGACCCAGUUACUGGGUCUCCUGUGGAAGGAUUGCCCACUCAAGGCCUUGACCUUGGCUAUGAUGUCAUCCAGGCUGCACUUCUGUCCGAGAUGAGUGAGGACUUUGUGAGAGGCCUGGUUCUACUCGGCUCCGACUACAGGGCCCGCUUCUACCCCGAGGCUGUGAAGUCAGUUGCUGAAGAACGUCUGUCGUCUAUGUUCAUGUAUGUGUCGGAGAUCGACACAGGCUACAUGAAUGGUUACCGGGUCCUGGCAAGAAGCAAUGGGGAGGUUGAGGCUGACCCAGUGUGGAACAUUGACCUGCAGAAAAAACAGCAGAGGAUUGUUGAUGUUAUCUCCAAAAGGGUUAAUGAACAUGUGCACUCACAAGGUCGAGUGUUGGGAGACAGAAGUGUGUUGUACAAGUACCUUAACCCCAACUUGGUUGCCGUGGUAACUGAGGGAGAGGAACCAGCUGUUACAUCAGCAACUCAUAAAGGUCCAUCCAGUUUCUUCAACAUUUACCUCAUCGAUGGAGUGACAGGUCACAUAGUGUUCCAUGUGAACCACAAGAGAGCAAAGGGUCCGGUCAACAUUGUCCACUCUGAGAACUGGGUGGUGUACUCCUAUUUCAACGAGCGUCACCGCCGACCCGAGAUGUCGGUGAUGGAGAUGUUUGAGGGGAAGGAGCAGAGUAACUCCACAGCCUUCUCCUCCUUCAACCCCCCUCCCCAGCCCCUGGUGCUGCGCCAGUCCUACAUCUUCCCACUCUCCAUCAGCACCAUGGCAACCACCGUCACCGAGAAAGGCAUCACCAGCAAGAACCUCAUCAUUGCUCUCAGGAAUGGAGGACUUCUUUCAAUUCCAAAGGCCUUGCUGGAUCCAAGACGACCCAUCAUCCCAUCACAAGAAACUAUGGAAGAGGGCACUAUUCCUUACAUUCCCGAGAUCCAGGUGUUCACAGAGGCCACCCUCAACUACAACCAGAGUGUGGUGAAAAUCAGGGGAAUUCACACCACACCAGCAGGACUGGAGUCUACAUCGCUUGUCCUAGCCUAUGGUCUCGAACUUAUUCUGUUUCAGAUCUUUUUUUACACACGUGUAAAUCCAUCCAAGAUGUUCGAUGUUCUGAAAGAAGAUUUUGAUUAUCUUUUCAUCGGUACCGUGUUGCUGAUAAUGAUUGCCGUGUCCGUUAUAUCACAGAAACUGGCGUCAAGAAAAGCUUUAAACAGAGCCUGGAAGUGAUGCAGACAACUGUUUUAGAAUAAUUUUGUUUAUUUAUUCAGAAUCGUAUGUCAUAAUGAUGUGCUCAAUCACAUUUUGUAGCAUUUAUAAGUUUUUCUGACAUUUAGACUAUCGUUACAUUAAAAAAAGCCCCUAUAUUUCUAAUAGGCCAGUAUAGUGAAGAUCACUUUUAGGAGGGUGAUUUCAUAUAAGUUUUAGUGUAAUCUUUGUAAAGUGAAAGGUAGAUACCAUGGGGGAAAAUCUAAGAAAAAUUAAUAAGUAAAAGUCAGUGGCCAAUUUUCAAAAUUUAAAUCAGCCAUAACUCUUUUUGUUAUGGCUGGUUCCACCCUCAAGAUUACUUUGUCCAAGUGUUUCAUAUGUCCUUCUUAAUCCAGAAUGUGGAUAUAAGUCUUACUCCAAAAUGUAGAUGUAGGUCUUAAUCCAGGAUGUGGAUGUGAAGUUAUUCCAGGAUCUGAAUGUGGGUCAAUCCAGGAUGUGGAUGUAGGUCUUACUCCAGGAUGUGGAUGUAGGUCUUACUCCAGGAUGUGGAUGUAGGUCUUACUCCAGGAUGUGGAUGUAGGUCUUACUCCAGGAUCUGGAGGUGGGUCUUAUUCCCAUCCUGGAUGUGGGUCUUAAUCCAGCAUGUGGAUGUGGAUCAAAAUCUACCAAACUAAAAUGUAAGGUAUUUACUUGAGUAGAUAUCGGUAAGAACAGUACAAGCAUGAUAAAACGUUUUCUUGGGUCACAGACUUACACUUUGAUGUUGAUUAAUCAAGAAGUUAGAAACAUCAUCAUUUUCUUUCUUUUGUACUUCAUCAUAUUUGAUUGUGUGAUAGAAAUAAGAAGAAAUACAAGUUGUCAUUAGACUGCAUGUUAAUAUCAUUUCAGUGUCAUUUUUCCUUUGCUUUUUUCAUUUCCUGUACUUGAAUUAUCAGAAAUAGACCUUUUGGAUUCAAAACUCAGCGCUAAUGUUUAUAUUAAAUAACUUUCAGAAAUAUGUUUGUGUUGCUAUAUAUAAAGAUAACUUAGUGUAACUGAUGUAUUAUUUCUUCAGGUUUUGAUACUUUUUCAUACAUUUAAUUUCGUAGAUUGUAAGAUAUUUAUAAGGGUGUUGAAAGCGAUGCAUUGUUUGUGACCAUGCAUCAAUCUGUGAACUUAAUGAUAAUCCAUGUAUAAUGCUGUCUGUGUUUCUAGAUGAAUGCCAUAAUCAGAUUUCAUUGCAACAAUUAUCAUUAAUUUUUGUAUUUCUUUAACCACAUGUUCACCUUGGGUCAUUUUGAGUUUGCGUUUAGAAGCUGUACAUAUUGGGAAUUUAAGAAUGAGUGAUCUAGCCUUAUUUGGAAUAUUCAUUUGUCUUAUAUAAUCUGUUUUGUCUGACACCGACCCUACCAUUACCAAGUGUAGUGAUGGUAGUAAUGAUCUUCAAUACAAACAAGAUCAUGCAGGAAGAUCGCUGUACUUUUGUUUUCAUUUUACCAAACUGCCGCACUGGUAUAUUUCCUUUGUUUCAUAAGAAAGAAUAGUUUCAGAACAAUUUAGAGUUAAAUGUCAUUUUAUGAAAGAAAUUAACAUAACGAACAUUAAGGUUGAAAGCCAUAAAAAAAUAUUAGGUCAACCGUGCAUGAUUUUUUCACCACCUGGGGGCAGUGUGGUAGGCUAGUGGUUAAAGCGUUCGCUUAGACAAAGACCCGGGUUUGAUUCCCCACUUGGGUACAAUGUGUGAAUCCCAUGUCUGGUGUCCCUAGCCGUUGUGUUGCUGGAAUAUUGCUAAAAGCGACGUAAAACCAAACUCACUCACUCACUCUCCCCCUGCCCCCUCUCCCCUCAUAUGAUGUAUUCUUUUUCCAUGACUCCCUCUCCCUAAACAUUUACAGUAACUUGAACCAAUGGAACUGGCAUUUCUAAUGAAAUGCAGUGCUGAAGUUACUAAUGGAUAGAUGAAGAACGGUAAACAUACUUUCUUUGACAAUAUGAUCCAGGGUUUUCAGAAUGCUGAUGCGCUAGAACCUAAUGCAUUGUGUUUCCUACUGAACCCCUUUAGUGAGUGACUUCAAAUCCUUUGUUGAUCCAUUCCAUUUCUGUAUUGUAUUGUCUGGCUGUGUGUGACUGAUUGCAAGAAACUGAAGUUUGGAUCAUACGUGAAUAUGCUGCAAAAUGCUUCAAGUGAUGCAGAUGUGAACAGAUCGUGAAACUGAGAGUGUGUGAAUUGUAUCACCUGAAAAUAAAUCUCAUGAAUGUU